CCUAGGUCGACACUAACACCCGACCGAACUUACCCUUCACGAGCACCGCAUUUGUAGGAGUUUUGCUUGAUUAAGGUAUAAUUUACCAUUUUCAGUGGAGAAACGGAAUUCUCCGUGUCUGACACAACAGAGGAUCUGUUGUAAAGAGCGAUUGUCAGCAUUGACGCGAACUCACAAAGUUUCCGAAUACGGAAGAUCAGGGUGAAUUAACGGACAGGCGUUUUGUUUUGUAAGAACACCUGUGCGACUGUACAUCAGUGAUACGGACACAAUCAAGCAGUUUUUCAUGCGUUCACGGCCUGUCCUUGGUUAAUUCCGUGGACGAUUGUGUUUUGAGAAUCCAGCUGUAAGCUUUAAGAACCUGUUUUGGCAAAUUUGAGUUAGGAGACGCGCUUUACGCGUAAGAUACUACCGGUCCCGUGUUUGCAUACGUUAACCGACCGCCCUGUUCGUUUCCUGCACGUUUUUCCUUGGCAGCAACACGCCUUCGCAAGUUUUCGAGUGUCGGUGCGAUUCUGUGGCAUCAUUGACCUAUACCUGUGCUGCAGAACCUCGCUGGCUUUGCAUCUUUGAGCGUGUAUGUUUUAUCUCUUGUUUGCUGGACAGAAUCCUCAUUUUCCUGCCUUCGCGUUUCAAUCACUUGUAUUUACUGCUUGUGUCGCCACAUAAGUUUCUCAUUUGAUCUCAUAUUCUGACAUAUAGUUUACCAACAACAAUUACCUUCAACGGGAAUCCUGUCUUUAAAAAUCAUCCCGUGCAAAAACCGACGCUACUUUUUCUGUAUCUGGGCCUGUGUGCAUUCCUAAACAUCGUCGAACACACCCAGUGUCUUCUCUUACCAGCACCAUUCCGCACGGCCUCUUCAAUCUAACCAACAUGACAAGCAAGAAAAAGCAAGUUGAUGACGAAAAGCGUCGUCGUAUCUUGGAGCGCAACCGCAUUGCUGCAUCCAAGUUUCGUCAGAAGAAAAAAGAAUGGGUGAAAAAUCUGGAGCAGACGGCAAACGCCGCGGUCGAGCAGUCCAAGCAAAUGCAGCAUUUGCUUUCUCAAUUACAACAGGAGGCGUUUCGACUCAAAAGUCAGUUACUUGCUCACCAAGGUUGCCCCUGCUCCGCUAAAAUCCGGUCUGUUUUGGCAGACUUCCAAAAUACACAAAACGCGCUUCAAGCGCGGCAUAUGGCUUUUCGACCUAUGCAACAGCAACAGCAGCAGCAACAGUCGCCGCCACCACAGCACCAAACACUGCAGCGAUCACAAGCAACACCACAGCUUGUUUCGGAGCAGGGGCAGCGUGACAUGCCUGCAGCUGAUGCUGGUGGGGGAGCGGUAUCCAUGUCGGAAGACAUGAUGAAUUCGAUGGCUGCUGCGGCUGCUGCUAAUACUAGACAGCAGCAGCAACAGCAUAUUGCGAUGCGAAUGGCCGAUACAAGCGCGGAGGGACUGGCUCCAGAGGCUCUCUCUCUUGACCAAAACGCUGCUGUUCAACAACAAAACGUCGCUGGUGAUGCACGACAGAUGCACACGGUCGCUGUAUCUGGGGGAGCUGCUCCCCAGCAGUGGAUGUCUCAACAGCAGCAACAUCGAGCUUCCAUUUCGUCGGCUAACCUUCCUAUGCAAUCUGCAAUGGCUGUCCAACAACAGCAACAGCAGCAACAACAACAGCAACAGCAACAACAACAACAACAACAGCAGCAGCAGCAGCAACAACAAUCCCAUCAAGCCGCGGCGAAUGCUGUUCACGGCAUGCGGCCUCAGUCUCCUAGCCGAAAUUCUCAUCCUACGCUUUACCAAUCCUCUGUGGUCUAUAGCGGCAUGGGCGAUUCCAUGCACGUGUAAAAUUGUGCAAUGUCAAACAGUGAUUUGCGACGAGUGCUGCGCACUAUGAUUUCGCAUUUCACACACGUGCAAUUACACACGCUCGAAACGAACGACUCACCCUCUUUAACUGCAGCGAGCACGCUGAUGCUAACACAAUCCUUGGUCUUGCAUUCAUUUGUUGCUGUUGUUCGUUGUUUGCAUUGUUGCCAAAAUCCCUCUCGCAGUGCGGCGCUUGCCGCUGCAGCUUUCGUUAAACUUUUUUUACCUACUACUUUUCCGAUCUCCACCCGAACUUGUUCCUCCGGUCUGACUCCCAGUCUCGCCCUCAGUCUUUUUCGCCCGACUCAUGUGGACACCCAUUUACUUCGCUCCUUGCCUCACUAACCGGCUUAGUGGGCUCUCACUGUAGUUUACUGUAUCCACACUCACUCACUCACUCACUCGCACUCACUCACUUUUUGCGUCCACACACUCACACACACAUCAUCCUCUCGUCCACACGCGAGCGAGCGAAAAGCCCAAUCGUCAAAACCCGGCGCCACUGCUGUGCGCGUAUUACGCUGCGCUGUGCUCUCAUUAGCACUGCACGUGGCUGCGGGCUAUGAAGUUAGAGGUCACUGUUUGUUCUCCUUUACUGUGUUUCUCCAGUUGUUAAUUAAACUUGAACUAGAAUAUGCGGGCACCAGGGUGGGGUACACUGUUUAGUUAUUAAGCGGGCGGUGCUGCGCGAUGCGAUGCGUUGCGACACGUUGCGAAUCGUUGUUAUAAUGAAUAAUGCAAUUUGGCAUACAAUGCGGUGCACAUCACUAUACACCAUAUACCGCACGUCGUCGUCUCGCGCUAUAUAUGUUUACCGCAGGAUACCAGGCUUCACCGAUCUCCGCCGAGCUUCGCUAGACUCAGCGAAAAGCAGUCACAGGAAACACACUUUCUC